GUUUCUUCCCAUCGAGGUUUUUUCCCCUUGUAUUAUUAAAACAAACGAUUCCAACGUCAUGGCUUGAUGUCGUGCAUUUGGACCCCAUCUCAUCUAAGUCCGAGAUCCGAGCCUGGCCUCGGACUUCCGAACAGCUUACGUCUCAGAAAAAAGUGAUUCACGUUUUCGUUCACUUGCUCCCGAUGUCUAGCCACUUACCCCAAGGUUUGGCCCCUCUGCGCGCCCUACCUUAUAUCCGCGGAUUCACAUCGGUAACAAUGACGGAAUCUCAAGCAAACAGCAGCAGCAACAAUCACAAUAACCUACCUGCGCCAUCCGAAGAUGACGAGCAUGAUCACGAGCAUGAUCAUGACGAGCAUAACCAAGGCCCAGCUCGGAAACGCCAAAGGGUGCGACUCUCAUGCUUAGAGUGUCGCCGUCGAAAGCUAUCAUGCUCAAGGGAGUUGCCUUGUGAUCGUUGUGUCAAGUCCGGCACACCCGAUAGGUGCACAUAUGAGUCAAGACCGGGUUCAACGUCGGUGUCGACUGGAGAAAAGACGCCCUUUGUCCCUACUGCUCCUCCAGCAACAUAUGGCUCUGAACCUCGUCGUCCCUCUGUGAACCCUUCACCAGUCCGCCGCGACGUUGAGCCCUCGGCCCUGAGAGAUGCUGCCCGUGACCAUGAGCGGAUCCGCCGGCUUGAACUCGAGGUCGCUCAACUAAGAGGAAGCUUAUCAAAACAAACCUCAGUUGAUGGCAGUACCAUCGUUGCCUCACCAUCGACCCUCAAGGACUCCGGCAAAGAUGGCCAGUCCGUGCCCUCAAACCCCUCAUUCACCCCACAAAAUGUCGAGGCUGGGGUGACUGAAUACCAAAACCUAAGGGGACACGACUUCAAGACCAAAUACUUCGGACCUCAUAAUGCUUGGUCGUCCCUCCAGGAACUCACCGGGAUAUUUCAUUUUAUGAGAGAGACAGCCGAAGAAUGGCUCAAGCCUCUCAAUAUCCAGAAGAAGGACCGCGGAAAACGCAAGCAGGAUCGCGAGAAGAAAGCCACCGAGCCGGACCUAGGCCUAGAGUCUCUCCUUCCUUCUAAAGAGGAAACAGACUCCCUUGUGUCUGUCUAUCUCGACCAGUUUGAGCAGAUUUAUCGCAUCAUCCAUGUACCCACCUUUAAAGCAGAGUAUGAGACAUACUGGGACCCUUCUAAGACCAAAGUCGCCUCCUUCACUGCUCUUCUUUUGGCUAUGAUGUCCGUGUCCUGUUGUCUUGAUACCCAGGCAUCCAAUAAGUUCGUCGGCAUCAAAUCUAGUUCUAUCCAGAUGGCCGAGAAGUGGGUUAGGGCAUGUGAUGAUUGGCACGACAAACAAAGCCAAAAGCAUCGCAAGCUAGUCCAUUAUCAAAUUGCUUGCCUACUCUACCUUGCCAAGAAAGUGAACCUUAUCAAGAAGAAACGAUUUUGGACCACUUCCGGGAAGCUAAUACGUGAUGGUCUCAACGUCGGACUUCACCAGGAUCCUGAUCACGUGGCAGCGAAAAUCUCUCCUUAUAUGGCAGAAAUGCGACGAAGAGUAUGGGCUACCAUAAUCGAAUUCGACGUGCAAGCAUCAUUUGAUCAGGGCCUCCCGACCCUAUUGAGCUCGGUUCAUAAUGACACCAAUCCGCCGAAGAACGUCGACGACGAGAGUUUCGACGAAAACUCACAGGAUCUUCCUGUUUCUCGUCCGCCGAAUCAGUACACAUCAUCGUCAUACCAGCAUCUCAGCCGCCGUAGUUUAGGACUUCGGGUUGACUUAACUAAAUUGCUGACGGGCCCACCCAUUGAUCUUGAAUGGGAGCAAGUCCUUCAAUAUAGCGAUAUGGUCACUCAUGAGAUUGACCAAUUACCAGCAUGGGACUUGGAUCACGACAAAGAUUCCACUCAGAAGCCAAUCUUGGCGCACACACUGCUGCAUAUUCAACUUAGACAGUACCUCAUCCCCCUACAUCAACCGUACUUGAAACUCAGGAAGUUCAACUCGAAGUACCAAACAGCAGAACUCACAUACUACACUGCCGCACGGGAUAUUGUCAUGAUGCAUGAUCGGUUGUACCAAAAGGGAAUAAGGACCUUAUCUUACCUUCGCGAAGAUACCAUGAAUUCCGUCAUAAAUCUCUGCAACGUAACGCUGCACCAACCUAAAGACUCGAUGACCUUAAUCAUGUCAAGCGCACAAGACACCCUUAGGCUCGUAGAAAAGUGUAUUACAAUGAAGGAAGAUCGGGUGUUGAGAUGUGGCAAUAACGAUCCAUGGGGUUAUUCAUCCAUGUGUGCAGCUUUCGGCCUCCUAGAAACUCAUAUGGGAAUUAAGACAUCGGAAGCAGCCAAGGCGUCAGCAGCCGAGCGCUUCAUUAGUUUGCAUUAUAAGCUACUCGCAUUCCAGAUCCCCCCUUAUCCCAACCAGCAACCAGGAGCUUCUUCAACGUCACCACAGACAGCUCAGGAUCCGAUCAGUCGAGCCAAGUCUAUCACACCAUUUCCUAUGGAUGCCACACCUACAAUGCAGAUGGCAAAUACGCCGUAUCGGGAUGGCGUAGCACUAACAAUGCCGUGGGUGCUACCUUCGUCAGACUCUGGUCAGGUUCCUACCCAAAACCCCGAAUUCAACUUUGAAAUGCUUGGAUCCGAUCUCAACGAUCUAUGGGGGGACUGGGGAGGGGGUGAAUUUACAUGAUACACGUUUCCGACGAGCCGUUUUCUCAAAGUUGGUUCUUUUUCUUUUCCAAUAUGCUGCUAAGGUGCAGGAGGUUGCUCUUAGCAAAUUGUUUAUAGUAAUUCCUGUCCCGUCUAAGGGCGGAAAAUACAAGUCGUGAUACCCUGAUGCUCCGAACAUGAAAUGAUUCGCUACGCGUUAAGAAGCUCGUGCAUUGUUUUUAUGCGUCACGAACGAAUGUUACGGAUGGCGCGCCGUUACAAACGGGCCGUAUCGAUGUAGCCUUAUCUAGGAGUCUCGAUUGACAGCAGGGCGCAUAUCCACGGGCUUAUGACUGCCG